CCUGGGCGCCUUCCUCAGCCGCAAUUCUCCUGUCUUUUGGAUGCCACGUUUCUCUCUCUCUGCAUUGGCAAGGAAGCGAGCCCAGCAAGCCACAAAAACGAGGCCGGGGGGUGGGGGGCGCAACAGGAAAGGCCGGUCUCUAUGGCUACGGGCCGGGCCGGCACGUGACACGCGGGGAGGCUGGUCAGUCAGUCUAGUCUCCUCCUCUAUGGAUUCCCGGAGGCAGUCCCCGGAUGAGGAAGUGCUCGGCUACUACCAGCGCCGACUGCGUGAGGGAGAAGGAAGGGAGGACGGAAGAGUCCCGCGCCUGCCCCGCCCCCCCCGCCUCCUUGGCCACCGGCUGGAACCGGGCUUGGGACGGGGAGUGGGCUCCGGGAAAGCAAGAUGUUUAGCUAUGCAACUAGUAUCUAGUAACUGAGGAGAACAAGGAUUCAAGAUGAGGACCAACAAGGUUUACAAGCUGGUCAUACACAAGAAGGGCUUCGGGAGCUGCGCAGUGAGGUGGCAAUUGCCUCGCUUAUUUCUUUCAGAUGAUGAGCUUGUGGUGAACCCCAAAGUAUUUCUGCAGAUCAAGCUGGGAGACAUUGUGGAGAUUGCCCACCCCAAUGAUGAAUACAGCCCUCUGCUCCUGCAAGUGAAAUCGCUCAAAGAGGAUUUGCAGAAGGAAACCAUCAGCGUAGAUCAGACCGUUGCUCAGGUGUUCCGGCUGAGACCCUACCAAGAUGUUCACGUGAAUGUUGUUGACCCAAAGGAGGUGACCCUUGAUUUGGUGGAGCUCACAUUCAAGGAUCAGUACAUCGGGCGUGGGGACAUGUGGCGACUGAAGAAGAGCUUGGUUGGCACAUGUGCUUAUGUCACUCAGAAGGUGGAAUUUGCAGGCAUUCGGGCUCAGGCAGGCGAACUGUGGGUGAAAAGCGAGAAAGUCACGUGUGGCUACAUCAGCGAGGACACACGGGUGGUGUUCCGCUCAACCUCAGCCAUGGUAUAUAUCUUCAUCCAGAUGAGCUGUGAAAUGUGGGAUUUUGACAUUUAUGGGGACCUUUACUUUGAGAAAGCUGUGAACAGCUUCCUUGCUGACCUCUUCACCAAGUGGAAGGAGAAGAACUGCAGCCACGAAGUGACCGUUGUCCUCUUCUCUAGAACAUUCUAUGAGGCCAAGUCCCUGAAUGAAUUCCCAGAAGCACAUCGUUCCUCAAUUCGGUCAGACCAUGAAGGAAGAUUCUAUGAAGACUUUUACAAAUUCCUUUACAGGGUGGUGGUUCAGAAUGAAAGGCGAGAGGAAUGGACGUCGUUGCUGGUCACCAUUAAAAAACUCUUCAUCCAGUACCCUGUCUUGGUGCGGCUGGAGCAGGCAGAGGGCUUUCCUCGGGGGUUCAAUUCCACCUCUGCCCAAGGGAACUACCUGGAGGCCAUCAAUCUCUCCUUCAAUGUGUUCGACAAGCAUUACAUCAACCGGAACUUUGACCGGACAGGGCAGAUGUCUGUGGUCAUCACACCGGGUGUGGGGGUCUUUGAAGUGGACCGGCUCCUCAUGAUCUUGACCAAGCAGCGCAUGAUAGACAACGGGAUUGGGGUCGAUCUGGUGUGCAUGGGAGAACAGCCCCUCCAUGCUGUGCCCCUCUUCAAGCUGCACAACCGCUGCAGUCCUGGAGAUUCUCGCCUGGGUGACGACUACAACAUCCCGCACUGGAUAAACCACAGUUUCUACACCUCCAAGAGUCAGCGCCCGUGCAACAGCUUCACGCCACGGAUCAAACUGGCCGCCAGAAAACCGCAGAGUGAAAAAACGAAAAGCAGCCGGGAUUCUUCAUUGGGGGCUGCUAAAGAGACGGAGAACGCUCUCCCUAUCCCAGUGGACUGCGACGGGUACGAUGGCCAGGUCUUCCGGCUGCCUGGCCCGUCCAGAGCCCAGCGCUGCACCACCUUCCGGUCUGCGCGGGAGCGAGAGAGCCGCACCCGUAAAAGCUCCAGCUCUUACGACGUCUCAUCCAGCCCUUCCGUGCAGAGCCGCACCCUGCCUCCGGAAGAGGUGAGGAGCCAGGCAUCAGACGACAGCUCCCUGGGCAAGAUCUCCAACAUCUUGAUGAUCCCCCGGCCUCACCUGCACCAAUAUGAAGUCAGCAGUUCCUUGGGCUACACCAGCACCCGAGAUGCCCUUGAGAACAUGUUGGAGUCUCAGCAGCGUGACUCCAGCGCACCCGGAAGAUUCCACGUCGGCAGUGCCGAAUCGAUGCUGCACAUACGCCCUGGCAGCUACGCUCCGCAGCGGGCGCUCAUAAACCCCUUUGCCCCAUCCCGGAUGCCCAUGAAACUCACCUCCAAUCGGAGGCGCUGGAUGCACACUUUCCCUGUAGGUCCGUCGGGGGAAGCAAUCCAGAUCCACCACCAGACACGUCAGAACAUGGCGGAAAUGCAAGGCAGCGGGCAGAGAGACUGGACUCACUCCUCGGCUGAGCUGCUGGAGCUGGCCUAUCACGAGGCGGCUGGGAGGCUCGGGGGUUCCCGGCAUCCAGAUGAAGGCGCUUCCUUCUCGAACUUCGGUGGAAUGGAAGAUUACUCCAGCCAGCUGAUUGGCACCAACGGCACAGGAAUGACUGUCAGAAUCCAGAAUAAGGACUCCUCGGAAGAGACUGUUCCCAACUCUCCAGAUCCGAUUCUGACACUGUCUGCUCCCCCCGUAGUGCCAGGCUUCUGUUGUACGGUCGGGGUGGACUGGAAGUCCCUUACCACUCCGGCCUGCCUCCCCCUCACCACGGAUUACUUCCCGGAUCGCCAGAGUCUGCAGAACGACUACACCGAAGGUUGCUAUGACCUGCUUCCUGAGGCCGACCUGGAUAGGAGGGAUGAAGACGGGGUGCAGAUGACGGCUCAGCAGGUGUUUGAGGAGUUCAUCUGCCAGCGCCUCAUGCAGGGCUACCAGCUCAUCGUGCAGAGCAAGCCGCAGAAGCCCCCCGCGGCCGCCCAGCCCCCCCUCAGCAGCAGCCCCCUGUACAGUCGAGGGCUCGUUUCACGGAAUCGACCCGAGGAGGAAGAUCAGUACUGGCUGAGCAUGGGCCGGACCUUCCAUAAAGUGACCUUGAAGGACAAGAUCGUCACCGUCACUCGGUAUCUGCCAAAGUAUCCCUAUGAGUCUGCCCAGAUCAACUAUAGUUACAGCCUUUGCCCUUGUCACUCGGAUUCUGAGUUUUUCUCUUGCUGGGUAGAAUUCUCCCACGAGAGGUUGGAGGAUUACAAAUGGAAUUACCUGGACCAGUAUAUUUGCUCAGCAGGUUCAGAGGAUUUCAGCCUCAUCGAGUCUCUGAAAUUCUGGCGGACUCGCUUCCUGCUGCUGCCAGCCUGCACCAGCGCCACAAAGCGGAUCGCGGAGGGAGAGAUACACUUCGACGUGUACCGGAGCAAGCCCCGCUCGCCCGAGGAGGAGUGGCAGCACCUAGACAGCGUCAUCCGCUUUGUGGAGGGCCUGAACCGCAUCCGUAGGCGCCACCGGUCGGACAGGAUGAUCCGGAAAGGGCCUGCUGUGAAAGGCCUGCAGACAGCGGGUCCCCUCGCCACUCACCCUUCGGAACCCUCUGGGCCACCGCCUCUUGGCAAGAAAGGAACCUCUGCGCUCUCUGCUCUGUUGGAGAUGGAAGCCAGCCAGAAGACCCUGGGCGAACAGCAGGCAGCAGCGCUUGCUGGGAUGAAGAUCUCCAGCCAGCCAGUCGAGAACAGCAGCGGCGGCAGCAUUGCCAUCACGCCCACCUACGUGGACAGUCCACGCAAGGAUGGGACCUUCUCUAUGGAGUUUGUUCGAAGUCCACACGCAGCAUCUGCCUUCCACACACAGGUCUCCAUUGAUCAGGGCAUUCCUGCGACCCUAGAAGGCAGCGUGUUGAUCAGUGCAAGCCAGUCGGCAGACCAAGGCAGCACCCAGAAUGUGGGAGACCGCCAGGGAUCCACUGCGUCUGGCUCCGUUGAGAGCAGCUCCCAGCUGUCCUCCGCAAGCUCCCUGACCUCAUCGUCCACUUUGAUAGAGAUCCUGGAAGCCAUGAAACACCCCACCACAGGCGUCCAGUUCCUCUUGGAUCAGAAGGGCCUCUCCCCCAAUUGCUUCAUCAGUGCCGAGGUGGUUCACUGGCUGGUGAACACCGUCGAAGGGGUCGAGACUCAGGCCAUGGCGAUCGACAUCAUGCAGAAAAUGCUGGAUGAGCAGCUGAUCGUGCACCCCUCUGGCGAGGUCCUCAGCACCUUCAUCUAUGGCUUCUACUUCUACCGGAUUGCCGAGGACAAAGAGCAGGACCGAGUGGGGAUCCCGUGGCACUUGGCAUCGAAGGAAGACUCUUCGGCCUUCCAGCGGAAGUGGUUUGAGGUGGCCUUCACGGCCGAGGAGCUGCCGCACUCCGAGAUCCCGGCAUUCCUCCUGCCCUGGCUGCCCAGCCGCCCGGCCUCCUAUGCCAGCAGGCACAGCUCUUUCAGCCGCAGCUUCGGGGGCCGCAGCCAGACGGCGGCGCUGUUAGCUGCCACGGUGCCUGAGCAGCGGACAGUGACACUGGACGUGGACAUCAACAACCGCACAGACCGCCUGGAGUGGUGCAGCUGUUACUACCACGGCAACUUCUCCUCCAGUGCCGCCUUCGAGAUCAAACUGCACUGGAUGGCUGCGACGGCCGCCGUUCUCUUCGAGCUGGUUCAGGGUUGGCAUCGCAAGGCGACGUCCUGUGGGUUCUUGCUGGUUCCAGUCCUAGAAGGCCCGUUUGCACACCCCAGUUACUUAUACGGGGACCCCCUUCGAGCCCAGCUGUUCAUCCCGCUCAACAUCAGCUGCUUGCUGAAAGAGGGUAGUGAGCACCUUUUUGACGGCUUUGAGCCGGAAACCUACUGGGAUCGCAUGCACCUCCUCCAAGAGGCGAUUGCCCAGAGGUUUGGAUUUGUGCAAGACACAUACUCGACGUCUGCCUUCAUCUUCCCUGCAGACAACAAGCCCCAGUACAUCCACGUGACCGGCACGGUGUUCCUUCAGCUGCCGUACUCCAAGAGGAAGUUCUCCGGGCAGCAGCGAAGACGCCGCAAUUCGACCAGCUCAGCCAAUCAGAACAUGUUCUGCGAGGAGCGCAUUGGUUAUAACUGGGCGUACAACUCCAUGCUCACCAAGACGUGGCGCUCGAGUGCCACGGGGGAUGAGAAGUUUGCGGAUCGGCUGCUGAAGGACUUCACGGACUUCUGCUGCAAUAAAGACAACCGGCUUGUCGCCUUCUGGACAAGCUGCCUAGAGAAAAUGCAUGCCAGUGCGCCUUGAAGGAUGCGACCCCCUGCAGGCCACAGAAGCAGAGUGAAAUUGAGAUCAGCGGCGGGUGGGGAGUAGAUAUUGACUACAGCUCCCAUCAUCCCCAGGCAAAAGCCAUUGCUGCUGGGGAUUCUGGGAGUUGUAGUCAGCACCUGGGAAGAAAUCCAUGCUACGGGGAACACGGGUGCCGAGAGAAUCUGGUCAGGCUUGUGGAAGUGAGAGGGUGCUCUGGAUCAGCGGAGUUGAUGGCUGCCACAGAUGGUCUCCCUGCAGGCAGUUGUUUUCCCUUGUCACAGCUCCUUCCCCAAUGGAGGGAAGCAUCUGGGAAGACAAGAGAUGCCCCCAAGUACAGACUGGGGCAGAAAGAUGCCAGUCGUCAUUUCCAAAUAAUAAGCAGAACCUUUCUGACCUCUUGGGAUGCUCCUGUAUUUGUGUGGAUAUGUAAGAUACUGUACUAUAUAUGUAUGUAAAUACUCAAAAUAAAAAUGGAGGGAUUCCCCCCAUUAUGAUGGCUAAUAUAAAUAA